CUCUUGAUCUUGCAGGAUACCGACCUAAUGAAUAUCUCUGAGCCAGAGUCCAACUUUGCUUCUGUAAGAGAAUUUAUACUCCAAGGUUUCUCUUGUGAGUGGAGGAUUCAGAUCUUCCUCUUCUCUCUCUUCACUACAACCUACGUGUUCACCAUAACUGGGAAUGGGACCAUUGUUUGUGCACUGUUGUGUGACAAGCGACUUCACACCCCCAUGUACAUGUUCCUGGGGAAUUUCUCCUUUCUAGAGAUCUGGUAUGUCUCUUCUACUGUCCCCAAGAUGUUGGUCAACUUCCUGUCAGAGAAAAAAACCAUCUCCUUUGCUGGGUGCUUCCUCCAGUUCUAUUUCUUUUUCUCAUUGGGUACAUCUGAAUGCUUGCUUUUGACUGUCAUGGCCUUUGAUAGGUAUCUAGCUAUCUGCCGUCCCCUGCACUACCCUAAUAUCAUGACUGGGAAUUCCUGUAUCAAACUGGUCAUUAUCUGCUGGGUUUGUGGGUUUCUGUGGUUCUUAAUUCCCAUUGCCCUCAUCUCUCAAAUGCCUUUCUGUGGACCAAACACUAUUGACCAUGUUGUGUGUGAUCCAGGGCCACUCUUUGCGUUAGCGUGUGCCACAGCCCCAGGAACUCAAAUGCUAUGCUACACUUUAAGCUCAUUAGUUAUCUUUGGUAACUUUUUCUUUAUUCUUGGGUCCUAUACUCUGGUCCUGAUAGCUGUGCUACGUAUGCCUUCAGCCUCUGGAAGACAUAAAGCCUUCUCCACCUGUGGGUCUCACUUGGCCGUGGUAUCGUUGUUCUAUGGUUCUCUGAUGGUCAUGUAUGUGAGCCCAGGACUGGGACAUUCUGCUGGGAUGCAGAAAGUUGCAACACUGUUUUAUGCUAUGGUGACCCCACUAUUUAACCCCCUCAUCUACAGCCUCCGAAAUAAGGAAAUAAAGGCAGCCAUGAGGAAAAUUAUGGGGAUUCCUAACAUAAUCUGAGGUCUAUUGGAUGGUUUCUGUAUGAUCAGGUCAGUAUAGUCAAACAAGAUGCAUUAAGAAUUAUAUAGUUAUCCAUAUCUACAAAUGUGAAUAGUGAUAUUUACUAUAUUAGCUAUGAAAUUAAACAUCUGUAGGCCCCUUUGUAGAAUUAAAGUGGCCAGAUUACAUAGAUAAAUGGAUGCCUGUGGCUUCUUGUUUGAACUUGUGUAUAUUAACUGAGGAAGGUACAUGUUGGGUGUUUUCUGGAUAGUUUUCAUAAGUAAAAAACUUCUUCUGUUCUAUUUGAUAAUAUAAAUUUAUAGUUAUGAGAUAAAUAAAAUUAUAAGUAUGUCAUUUGGUUUGUUUUGUUAGUUGAUUAUAAAUAA